AUGUUUUUCCUGCUUUCUUUUCUAUGUGUUUCAUUUGAAACAACAAAUAAACCAAUAAUUCUUACUGAUUCAAACUUCAGUAAAGUUAUCAAGGAGAUUCCUAUAGCAUUUUUAUAUCUUCUCAAGAAAAAGAUUUCAUUUUGUGAAGAGUCACUCCCAGAUUUCAUAGAAGCAUCUAAGAUAAUGAAUGGAACAGUUCAAUUUGUCAUUAUGGACUGCGAUGAUUCAAGAAAAACCUUCGAUAAAUACGGAUUCAAUGCGUAUCCUUCAUAUUUCGUCUUUAGAAAUGGCACAGUCACAUAUGAAUACCCAUAUGGACGUGAAGCAUACUCAAUUGUCCAGUAUUUAGAAAGAAUUUCCGGAAAAGAUGUGAUUUCGAUUAACAAUGGACGCGAUCUACGUGAUUUUAUUGACAGACAAGACCAUGUCAUUGUUCUUGCAGCCGAAGACAUCGAUCCAGAACUCCUCAGUAUUUACACAGAAGUCGCAAUCAAACUGAAAGACCGAAUUCCAUUUGUUGUUGUUGUAGAUCCCGAUGCAAUUGAAAUGCUUAACGUAGAAACAACUCCUAUUAUCCAAUUAUACAGAAAUCAAGACCGAAAAGUUAUUAAUUUCCAACUUACAGUUAAAGAGUUCAACAAAGGCGAUCUCGAGACAUGGAUUUAUAAUAACAUCACACCACGCUACAAAGCCCGCAAUUCUAUUGCCUUCAGAGACCUCAAUCACGAUCCAAGAUUUACAUUGUUAGCAUUUGUCGAUAGUUCUAAGAAGAAAUCAUUGGAUCUUCUUCACAAGAUCAUGAAUGAUGUUGUCGAAGAAUUCGAUCAGAAUUUCUCUUACCUUUAUUGCGAUAUUUACGAUAUGGGAAAUAUUGUUCUCAAUUUAGGCUUUCUUGGCACUCACGACCCCUGUUUUGCCAUUGUUAAGCUUACAAAUGGCGAGAUCAGGGACAAGCACCUUCUUUCGGACAAAUACGACGCUACUCCUCGAAGAGUCCUGAAUUUUGUCAGAAAAUUCUAUAAUAAUACGAUCAACAAACAGUACAAGAGUGAACCAAUUGAUGAACCACCAUCACAACAGAACUCUACAGUUAAAAAGUUGGUCGGAAGUAACUUUGUCGAAGAAGUUACAAAUAUUUCAUAUGACAAACUCAUUUUAUGCAUCGCAAAGGACAACGAAGACAACAAAAAGGCUCUUCAGAAUGUUAAACAGGUCGCUGAUGAUUUUCAACGUCAAAAAGUUGAAUCUGUUAUUUUUUAUUACAUUGAUCUCACAAAGAACGAAAUUCCUCUUAAAUUACCUGAAAACAAGCCAGGAUAUCCAGAGCUUAUCUUUUGGCCGGCUGGUCCAAAGGCUCAGCCAAAUUUGCUACAUGGAAAUUCGACAUCAAGAGAAAUUAUUGCAUACGUCCUUGAUUUGUCAAAGACUAAGUACAGAUACAAAGUUCCGUUGAAUCUUAUGAAGAAGAGGAUCGGCCCUGAUCGUGAAUUUACUAGUGAAAAAGAAAGAGAGGAAUUCGAAGAUUUGUAA